AUGCAACCGAUUUACCGCCUCGACCCUCACCAUCCCUUCGCCUGCUCUCCUUCACAAUCUCUCGAGCAGAACGACGACGCCAGCCAGCAAGCCUUCUCGACAUUCGACAACAUGUCCAAGCAGCCGUUGUCCGUGGCAGAGAUCCUCGAGAAGCAGAAGCAAGAGUCGGCGCUCAAGCCACGCUUCCUCUCGAAAGCCGAACGAGCAGCCAAAGCCGAACGCGAGAAGCAGGAGCAGGAACAGCAACGAGCACAAAAGCAGGCGCUGGGACAGAAGCAGCGCCUCGAGUUUGAGAAGCAAGCCCGCUCCCUCGCGUCUUCUGCCUCGUCGUCGAGGCCGUCUGCACGACCUGCGGGGAGAGACUCGGAUCGAUACCACCAGAACAAUGGUGAUCUAGAUUACGGCAGCGCUGCCGAUGCCAGGAUAGACGAUCGCAGAGACAUUCGAGCGAAUGGCAGAGAUAGGAGCUCCCAUGCGUCCAACGGAUCUGGAUCGAAUGGACAUGCUUCAAUAGCUGCUUCAAAUGGCGCAGACGUGGGCGAGGGCAGCAGCAGCGCACCUCUGACGGAAACCGAGCAGGCCUCGAUCCGACGACGAUACCUCGGGCUCAAGGAAGACAAGAAGAAGCCCAAGCGUAAACCCACCGACAAAAAAUUUGUCUUUGACUGGGGCGAAGAAGACGACACCGCCACCGAGUCCCUCGCCGUUCAGAUCCAAUCAGAGACCAACCACUCCGCUGCUCCAACCUCGACCCCUGCUCCACGUUACGACCCGCUCGACAAACGUUUCGACGACAAGCACUGGAGCGAAAAGACACUCUCACAGAUGAAGGAGCGCGACUGGCGUAUUUUCCGCGAAGAUUUCGGCAUCUCUGCUCGCGGCGGCAACAUCCCUCGACCUCUACGCUCGUGGCGCGAAUCGUCCAUCCCCGCCUCCAUCCUCAGCACCAUCGAAGAAGUCGGGUACAAAGAUCCAUCACCCAUCCAACGGCAAGCCAUCCCCAUCGGACUGCAAAACAGGGAUCUGAUCGGAAUUGCUGAAACAGGUUCGGGCAAAACAGCCUCGUUCCUCAUCCCGCUCCUUGCAUACAUCUCGAAACUUCCCAAGCUCGACGAAUCCACAAAGGCGUUGGGACCGCAAGCUCUGAUCCUCGUACCCACGCGAGAGCUGGCGCAGCAGAUCGAGACCGAAACCAACAAGUUUGCCGGUAGGCUCGGGCUAGGGUGCGUGUCUAUCGUCGGUGGAAGGGAUAUGAACGAUCAGGCGUACGCGUUGAGGGAUGGAGCCGAGAUCGUGAUCGCCACACCGGGACGGUUGAAGGACUGCAUAGAGAGGCACGUGCUGGUGCUGAGUCAGUGCACGUACGUGGUCAUGGACGAGGCGGAUAAGAUGGUGGAUAUGGGAUUUGAGCCCCAGGUGAACUUCAUCUUGGAUUCGUUGCCCGUGUCGAACGUGAAACCGGACAGUACGGUCGCCGAGCAGAUGGGGGAGGAGGCGGUGGGGAGGUAUAGGGUGACCAUGUUGUACUCGGCUACGAUGCCGGCAAGCGUAGAGAGGAUGGCUAGGGUGUAUCUGAGGAGACCGGCUACGAUUACGAUUGGAGAUGCGGGUCAAGCGGUAGCUACGGUGGAGCAGAUUGUGGAGUUCCAACCGUCGGAGGAAGCACGUCGAUCUCGCUUGAUCUCCAUCCUCCAGCGAUCCUCGCAUCUCGUACCAAUCAUCGUGUUCGUCAACCAGAAGAAGGCGGCGGACCAACUCUCCUCCUUCCUCGCACGUCAAGGUUUCCACAUCUCCACCCUCCACUCCGGCAAAACCCAAGAGUUGCGAGAAGAAGCACUGUCCAACCUGCGUUCUGGUGUGACGCAGGUGCUCGUAGCUACCGACCUAGCAGGUCGUGGCAUCGACGUUCCCAACGUAGGCCUCGUCGUCAACUUCGCCAUGCCGAACAACAUCGAAGCGUACAUCCACAGGAUCGGUAGGACCGGCAGAGCGGGCAAACAGGGUACGGCCAUCACCUUCGUAGACCAAGCGGAUAGCGAUCUCUUCUGGGACCUCAAGCAGGAGCUGACGAAGAGCAAGCUGAGCAGCGUUCCGCAGCAGCUGGCGAGACAUCCCGCGGCGAUGCAUAAGCCGAUCAAGGAUGGGAUGAAGAGGAAGAGGGAGAGGGAGGACGAGGGAUGA